AUGUCCUUCUUCGACCGUUUAAAGUAUGUUGAGGGUGCACGCCCGGGAAUUAUUAUUAAGCGGAAGGUAGCGAAGACAGCGAGUUCCAGCAAGACAGAAAAAGAUGCUGAGUAUGACAAAGUAAAGCGUAGUAGAAGCUUUCAAGAGCAUUGGAAAAAUGGCCGGCCCUGGUUAGAAUACGAAGAAACAGAAGCUUCCGUCGCCAUUAGACAGCUUAAUGCUACGCAGCUUUACAAACUGAACAUUAGAUUCCGAAAUGUACACGCCGUUUCCAAGUUAGAUAAGUCCUUUAAGGAUUAUGUGUGGCUGUGCAAAUUAGAUAAGGCCAAGGGCCUUGAUAUUGGUAACACUUAUGAAAAUGAUAAGGCAGGACGGACGUUUGCGCGGUACAUUGCAAAAGUAGAAUCGGACAAAACUGUACAAAUUUUGAACUAUGCAGACUUCUGUUCUAUUACAAUUGACGGAGCCACAGAUUCGGGUGGAAUGGAACAAGAGUCGUUGUAUGUUCACACAUGUGUUGACGGAGUAAAACAGCAACGGUUUCUUCAAUUUUUAAAUCCGAAGUCUACGUCAUCUCAGGAUAUCUACCAGUCCAUCAUUGACUGCCUUGAAGAGUUUAAAAUAAACCCGAAAAAGGUCAUAGGAAUCACCACAGAUGGAGCAUCAAAUAUGAUGGGCAUUCGUAAUGGUGUAUGUACACUGAUGAAAACCAUAUCCCCAGAUAUUAUUCCUAUCCAUUGUCUAGCCCACAGACUGGAACUGGGUAUCAAAGACGCUGUAAAGCACACCAUGAGUAAAUCUUACGACCGAGCUAUGACACUGCUGAUUGGACUCUAUUAUUUCUACAGCAAAAGCCCAAAGCAGAAGAAAGAACUGAAGAGUAUGUUUGAAGUCCUGGAUAUGACAUGUGCGAUUCCUACCAGAGUUGGCGGUACGAGAUGGGUCCCUCAUACCGUCAAAGCCAUUAAUAUCUUCAGGAGGAGCUAUGCAGCUAUCACUUCCCAGCUUGACAACGCAUCGCAUAAGAACCCAAAGGCCGAAGGAUUGGCAAAAUUGGCCCAUGAUGCCAAUGUUGUUGCAUAUUUACUUAUGCUGAAGGAUAUCCUUGCACCGGUUACCAAGCUGUCGUUAUAUUUGCAACGAGAAGACACCACACUUGGGGAUGCACUGGUUAUGGUGGAUUCGACAUUAGACCUUCUCUCACCCGAAAGCAUCAUUGUUAGUGAGGAACUAGAAUUCCUUAGAAAGGAAAACUCUUUCUCUGGAAUUGCCUUAAAGGGCAUUGCAAACUCGCAGCUGCUGUAA